GACGAAUGCACGGCGAUGGAAUGAUAUAUGAAAGUAGUGGAGGAACCAGCUCAGAUGUUAGAGCCAAAAUUGAAUGUGAUCAAAUCGUUGGUGAGUGUAAAAGAGACAUAGAUGAAUUGGAUUUUCUUGGAUGGUCGGGAAAUCGGUUUGAAUUGUAUAUUGAGAAAAGCGAAA